UUUAUAUUAAUUUUUUUUCAAGUUUGGACUUAAUCUGUCUUUACGUUGUUUCUCUCUGAUCCCUUUAAGCAAAGCCUUUUCUGGAUUCCGGGAUUCAUCCGAUAUAUUCUUGCCUAGUGGUUAAUAAUAAAUUAUUUGAUUUUUGGAUUCUAGACAAGUCUUGACUCUAGAGUCUAGACUCUAGAGUAAUCCGUAAGCACUGCUUUCAGUACUCAGGUACUGUACUGUAUCUUGGCUUUGCCUGUGGACCUACACUUUCAGUGCAGACGAUGAAGAUGAACAGCGAUCCCGUUCCUCCAUCUUCAUCGAAAGUUGCCUUCAGUUUCUCCCGCAAAAUCGAAUCCAAACUAGUGCAAUCCGUAAUCGCACCCGUAGAGGCACCCGAAGCGCCCAAACGCCAGCUAGUCACAUCCAUUAAUGAUCUCCUCUCCCCCGCAGAUUCUGACCACACUGAUUUUGACUCUUUGGUAAUCCCUCUCAUCAAACGCAACACCUAUGCCCCCCUUCUUGCUAAAUCUGUAACCCCUGCCGCGCUCCCUGUCUCCAGCGAUGACGCUGCCGCCGCCGCGGCUAUCCUGGAAGAUGCCCAGCGUUUUCAGGGGACCGAGACGAAGAUCGACAGCAAGGACGACGGAGUAACCGAGAUUCCGCUGUGGAUGCAGAAUAAACUUCCCGAAGGGUUUGAAACGGAUGCCAGGUUGGAUGUGGCGCUGCGCGCUGAGGAAUCCAGUCUGGAAGAUUAUGACAGGAUACCCGUGGAGGCCUACGGGAUGGCCAUGUUGAGGGGAAUGGGCUGGAAGGCGGACGAAGGGAUUGGAUUGAGGAAUAAACAAGUGACGAAGCCCGUGGAGGUUCUGCUUAGACCGCGGGGAUUGGGAUUGGGGGCGACUCCGGUUAAGGAAAGGAAGAAGGAGGGGCGGAGUGGAGAGGAGAAGGAUGAAAAGGAGAAGGUUAUAGCUGUGGGAGGAUAUGUGUCAAUAAAUUCUGGACGCCACCAGAACCGUACUGGUAAAGUGACAGCGAUGGACAACGAAGCUGGACGAUAUAUCGUUGUAUUGGUGGGAGAAGAGAAGCGUUCCGUUAGUAUUGCCGGUGCGGCGCUUGAAGUGAUCUCGGAAAAGGAAUACAACCGCUCUACACGCUACAUCAACAACGACAAGUAUUACGAUCACAAAAUUGUCGAAGAGGUGACCAGAACGAGUGAAAAAUCAGACAAGCGGUCCCGAGAUGAUAAAGACAGGAGAAGGGAAGAGCGAAGAAGGCGGUCCCGAUCGAGGUCUACCGAUCACAAAAGAAGACGGCGGAGCCGCUCGUGAACUAAUUUGUAUGUAUCUUUUAUUUCGGAAUUUUGUUUGGCGACGAUAUGUGAAGUGGUUCAGUGCUUGCAUGAGAAAUUAAGAAUGGAAACAGAUUACAUGUUGGACUUGUUAAUGUCUGUAUUACUGCUGAAAGGAGGUACGUGCAGUCUGUCACCAGAUGUUCUCGGAUUGUGGCCUACCAUGAUGGUCUGGCGUAAACGAAGCUUAUCUGACUGUCGAUUUUAAUAAAGAAA